AGGGAUAGGCCUCUUUGCCAGCUCGUUCACUAAACCUUGUUUUCCUUGAGUGUUGCGUAAAAAGAAACAGGUCCAGCCCGUUCAGCCCUACAAAAAUGUCGCUACUCCAAUCUACCCUCAUAUGGAUUGUGUACGCGGUUGUGGUUGUGGUUUUGAUCGCGAUAGCUUCGGUAUUUGUUUACGUUUACCAAGCUCCCAGAGAAAGGUCAGGACUGGUCUCGGCAGUAUGCAUUGUCACCGUGUCGGCUCUCUUAGCCACCGUUCUACUGCUGCCGGUAGACAUUGCCUUGGUAUCAUCUACCAAUUCACGGAAACUGGGUCAGAGGAAGGACUGGGCAACGCCAGAUGCAGUCGCCAGUAUUGUACAGUCUCUCACGAUUGUAUACUACGCUCUCUACUCGCUUGAUACCAUCCUCUGCCUGCUGGUCAUUCCGUUCACGUAUUUCUGGUACGAAGAAUAUGACGAGCUCGCUGAACACCAGGACUGGGAUGCCUUCGGGAAGAGAUUCUGGGGCGCCUUUCGAUAUACGGCUGCAUUCCUUGCAGUGACGGUCAUCCUCUUCCUGGUUGGGUUUUUCGUUCCGGUUGCCCGGAAUAGAGGUGGAGCUGGGCUUGACCUGGACUACUUCAAACAUCUACUCACAGAAAAUAAUGGCGAAAGAGCUCUGACGUUUGCCCUGGGACUGCUGACAAUGAUUGGUAUCGUGGUUUAUGUAUUAUAUACAUCCACCGGUCUUGCGCUUUUUCCGGUGUCAUUUAUCAAAUCAGCUCCCUCCGUCUCCAGUCCGUCUUUAUAUGCCACGACGGCUUCAAGGCUCGAGGAGAAUAUCGAACGUCAACGCCAGCUCGAAGGCAGAUGCGGAGGUAAUCUUGAUCACUUAUCAUCAAAGGAUCGACGAGAGCUUGACUCUCUAGUACGCGAAGAACGCACUUUGAGACGUCGGCAGCGCUUGGCGGAAUCUAAUGCGGGCGAUGGAAGAGGCUAUCUUGUGAAAACAUGGCACAAGAUAGAGGCCGUGUUCCGACCCGUCAAGCUUCUUGGGGGACUGCUACUACUUCUGCUUUCCAUCGUGAUAUGGGUUUCGAUGCUGCUCACCGGAAUUGACAAGGCGAUGAACUCUGUUUGCAAACACAAAUGCGGUUAUAUCCUCGGGAAGGUUAACCUGUUCAACCCCAUCAACUGGGCACUUCUUCAGUCCGCGAAAGUUUUCCCCAUCGACUAUGUUCUGUUCACCGUUUUAGUGUUACACUUCUUCAGCAGCUCAGUUAUUGGGGUCGCAACGGUUGGCAUUCGAUUCUUAUGGGUCAGGAUAUUCGGCAUCAGGAAGGGCCACACCACUCCCCAGGCUCUGCUCCUCGCCACGGUGAUACUCGCUCUUAUCAUUCUAGCCCUUAACUUCUCGAUAUCCAUGAUGGUGGCUCCACAGUACGCGACAUAUGGGCCGCAAACAUUCUGCGACAUUCCAUCUGAACAUGCAGGACAGGGAAUAAGCUGCAGAAGCCGGCCUCAGGAUGUCAAGCCUUGUUCUGAACUGACAAGAAACCACUCGGCAAUGGACGUGUGCACGCCCAGUGUUGUUAGUGUCUUCUUGAAUCGGAUUACGUUGAACUUCCCGUUCUUCGGCAUGGUUAAUUUCUGGGCACAAUUCAUCUUCUUAGGUAUCUCAUUCAUUGUCUUCGUUACCAUGCUUUUCCGAACCCCUAGGCUUGAUGAACAACAGCUGGAUGAGGAUGCGGAGGAAGCUGAGGAAGAAGGGCUGCUUGCCUCUACCGGUAGGAGGUUUGGAGCUACGUGGGAAGAUAUUAUGGGCCGGGCGGCAAAUCCACAUACCGGCUCUGAGGGUAGACAGACUCGAGAUCAUAGCUACCCCAACAACGGAUGA